CUUAGCUAACUCGCGUUUUUUUGGAACGAAACUUUUAUGUGAUUUUCCUAACGAAAAGUUUGCCCUGCAAGUUGCCGCACUUGUAAUAAAAUGGACCGACCUGGUUCUCCUUUUUUCAUUUUCGUCCCCAGUCAUGAUGGCUGCCAGCAUGUCUGAAGAUGAUAUUGCUUACACUGCCCUCCUCCGCCAGCUACUAUCUGACAACUCAACCACACGCAACGCUCGUGUGCACUCUUGGAUAGAGCACCAAUAUGAUUUCGCUCUCUCAGAGUCAGACACCCGAGUCAACGAAGAUGACCUCGGCUGUUCCCGGGCUCCUUCACCUUCACCUUCCUCCUCAUUGGGAGCACACCGUACAUUCUGUUCUGACAGACCCGACUCUCCGCUCCUACCGCGGUCAUCGGUAGAAUGUUCUUCAAUACCAGAGUCUUGUCCAUCUUAUGAUGCUCUAUUUUUCCCUGUCUCUCCUUCUCAGACUUUUGCUGAGGAUGAGGUGAGGGAAGAGCGCGAACGGGAGCGCGCACUUCGUUUCCUCGUGCAGGAAAUGUCACACUGGAAAAUGCAGUCCAGUCCCACUACUCCGUACAAGAACAUGGACAAGCCUUUACCGUGUCCUCCGCCACCCUCGCCAGCAACGUCCACAACACAGUCCACUUCGUCACGUGUCAUGCGCUCACGUUCUUCAUCAAUGCGCAUUUCGCGGUUACCUUCCUUCACAAGCACGUUGUCAUCUGAUCAGAGCCAACCGCAAGAUAUAUUUACACCACCAUUGCCUGUCUCCGUAAUUGUGCACGGAGACACUCAACACGAACUUAUUUCAGACCUUAAGCGUCCCGAUCCGAUUUUCCUCCGACGCAUGGAAUCAUUGAACAUGAAGGUUCAGGAUGAACAAGAGCUUUCUCUACUGUCACCGAUCCACGAUGAUCGUGAUUCAGGGUACCCGUCCCCUACGCUCUCCAAUUUUUCGUAUACCCCGUCUCGCGAAACCGCGCUUACGAGUCCCUACACCAGUUUUCCUGCGUCGCCGGCUAGUGCGACCUUCGCUCCUUGCUCACCGGAAAAUAUUGCACUGCCAGCAUCCCCUGAUGCUGAACGCUUCCCGGAGGCGCCUCAUUCCGAGGAUCACGGUGAUAGUUCAUUUCCGACGUCUCCAUCCGACACGGCACUUCCCGUAUCACCAUCGACAACUGCGUUUUCACCGUCUCCUUCAUCAACUGCAUUCCCCGUAUCACCCAGUACCACUAUAUUUCCCGCUUCUACGCCUGAACUUGCGUUCUCUACAUCACCUUCUUUGACGGUGUAUCCCGCCUCCCCUUUAGACCCUAAGGAUUGCGUAAACGAUAGUACCGCUCAAUCUCAGCGGUUACGCUCGUCCACUAAUAGCUCGGGAGAUCUUCAAAGCAGAUGGUCAGUUGCAACGACAGCAUCACUAACUCCUUCACCUUCCGAUCCGACGCCGACGCCGACACCCUCAGGGACGUUCCUGAGGUCCAGAACUCCCUCGAGGGGCAAGAAGGACAAAGAGGUGAAAACCCCGCGGAAACGUACCCGUCUUAUCAGUUUCAUCUCGAAACUCUCCCCAGGCCGUUCAGAUAGCAAUAUCACAGCCUCGACUGACUAUGACUAUGAGUCGGAUACAGAUGAGAGAGCCGUCAAACCCGCAAAGACAAUUGGAAAGAAAUCAUCCCUAGCCAGUCUGCGCGCAUCAUUCUCUUUAUCUCGUGCCUCUUUUGCAUCUCAGCGUCCACCAGUGUCCUCCUUGGCGGAGGUGCCCCCGCUCCCGGUGUCGCCUACUCGUACGUCAUUCGGCGCAUCACGUAUGUCUCUCGCAGCCGACGGUGCGAUGAGCAAUGGGGAGGCGAUACCACCGGUACCGACCAUCUCGUUAUCGAGAAUUCCUUCCCGCGCCACCGCGCUCGACGACACGUUGCCGCCUAUUCCCCAAUCUGCUUCAACUAUUACGUCAUUCCGGAGUACGUCCCUGGUUUCUCUGCAGGCUUAUAGCCCUCCGGCUUCGGCAUCACAGCUAUCCUUGCUUCCAUCGCCCAUCACAAGUCAUAGUACAUCAAGGUUGUCCCUACUAUUGGCAUCUGGAUCUUCCAGGAAUUCGGUUGUGUCAUCUGCCACCUUGGACGCGCCCAUCUCUAUUCAUCCCAUGCCAAGUUCGGCACCCAGUAGGGCCAAGUCGAUCUUCAAGCUAUCUUCGCGACCAAAAACACCCAAGGUUCGGGCCGUGGCAACUCCUUCAAAACUUCCUCUUCCCCGGACAGUAGCUGUCUCUUCCAGUAUCCCCAAUGGGGCAAGUCCAACGACGUCGAAGAUCCCACCACCGCCAACAAAAUUCACGCCCCCAUCAAAAUUGGCAUCAAUACUCGCUUCGCAGUCUUCAUCGCGGCUUCCUCAUCCGACAUCUUUUAACCCGCCACCAAUAUCCAUGCUUCCACCUCCGCCGUCGAAGAUAGCUCUACCGCCAAAAAUUAUUGUGCCGACUCCUCGGGCAUCAUACCUCCCACAAGCGAGCCCUUCCACUAUGGAACCGAAGUCACCUAUGUCAAUUGACGAACCAACUGCACUGGUUUCGAGGCUUCCGUUGCCUUCGGCAAUGAAGACAUCCCGUACUAGUACCGUGAGGGGCUUUUGGCGCAGAGCACAAUAGGUGCCAUUUGGUUACACAUGGGAGCCAUGGAAAUCAGGAAGCGGAAUGGGUCGCUUCUUUCCGUCCAACUCGCCGGCGCGCAUUUUUGUCAAUCUCAUACUACUAUCUAUUGGUUAUUCUCAUUCUACCACACUCGUUAUUGAAUUGUACACCUCAGUCAUUACUCAACUAUCUCGCUCGCUGCUUUCCCUACUCCGGUUCUCCGCUUGUUGGUGGUGGACCUCAUCCUCCAUGUCAUCCAUCUGCACUAUCUGUUGUGGAAUUAUACAUGUACUCACACCUUGCCUUUCCUGUCACAUUCAACC